AUGAACAAUCAAGAUCCCCCUCAACAAAUACCCCAGCAGGAGGAGGUCAACGAAGAAACGCCUUUGCUGCAUCCUACCACCGAGUCAUAUUCCGUGUUCACACCAACACAGAAACGCCUCAUUAUUUUGACAGCAGCACUGGCUUCAAGCUUUUCACCUCUAUCUGCCAAUAUCUACUACCCAGCUUUGAAUUCCAUUGCAAAGGACUUACGAGUCAGUCCACCCCAAAUUAAUCUGACGAUCACGACAUAUAUGAUAUGCCAGGGCCUCGCCCCAAUGUUAACGGGAUCAUUGGCAGACCAAGCUGGUCGCAGACCCGCAUACAUCCUCUGCUUCGCGAUAUAUAUAUUCGGAAAUGUCGCUCUCGCUCUACAACACAGUUUUCCAGCGCUCUUAGCUCUACGCGCCGUCCAAAGUUGUGGCAGCAGCGGCACCGUGGCCCUUGCAUCCGCAGUGGCAGCCGAUAUUAUCACAUCUGCUGAGCGAGGUAUGUACAUGGGCUUCACCUCCGUGGGAAACAUUCUUGCUCCAUCCAUCGGGCCGAUUCUUGGAGGUGUUCUUAGUAAGUAUCUGGGCUGGGAAGCGAUAUUUUGGUUCCUUGCUAUUGCAGCCGGUACUUUCUUCAUGCCGCUGCUGCUCUUCUUUCCCGAGACAUGCCGCGGCAUUGUAGGGAAUGGGUCGACUCCUGCGGUUGGAUGGAAUCGAGCCAUUUGGAGUUACUUACGGACCACCACCCCAGUGACCCCACCUUGGCCAAGUGUGCCCAAGAGGCGCGUGAAUGUCCCUAACCCGUGUUCAACUCUACGUCUGCUUUUCCAGCGACCGGUGGGACUGGUGCUUUUGGCAAAUGGAGUUAUAUUCAGCAGCUACUACGCCGUCACAGCUGGAAUUCCCGCAUUGUUCCAAAGAAUCUAUGAUCUAGACGACCUUGGUAUUGGGCUAUGCUUCAUUCCAGCAGGUCUAGGGUCAUUGCUCAGUGCAACUGUCAACGGAGUAUUAGUUGACUGGAACUACCGGCGAACUCGACGGACCGCCGGUCAGACGGUACACAAGAACCAAAAGCAGGAUAUCAUUGGAUUUCCCAUCGAGCAAGCGAGGUUGCAGAUUGGCCUGCCAAUGACACCACCACUCUUGGUUGCCCUUAUGGUGGUGUUUAUAAUUUGCUUUUGUAUCACGGCGGCAUAUAAUGUGAUGAACAUUCUCAUCGUCGACUUGUACUACGAGACACCUGCUACAGCGAUGGCUGCUAACAACCUUGUGCGCUGUUUUCUGGGCGCUGGUGCUGCGGCCAUGGUCAACCCUCUGAUCAGGCGGAUAGGUGUGCAAUGGACAUAUUGUUCUGUGUCGGGCGCAAUUGCUCUUGUCACCCCGCUUCUCAGUAUGGUUUACGCUCAGGGCUGGGAAUGGCUGUUCGCGCUCCUAUUUAGCGUUCUGACAGAGAUAAUCCAGAUCUUCCCCUGGACCCCAAGCCACCAACUGCAAAUACGGUAUCCUGGAGGUCAAUGGAUCGAUCCCGGUAUGGAAGUGGACAUUCGAGACACCACUAUGAUUCCAGAGAUCAGUACUAUGAACCUCGCGUGUAACGAGAAAUACAUUAUCCUCUUCAUCGACCUCGACGCCAUCCUUCCAGGAACACAUAUCCAAUCAGUCAUCUUACACUGGUAUCAAGCAAAUCUCAUGGACCACGGAGAUAAGCAUGACCCCAUAGCCUCGUACAUAGCUCCUCGUGCACCACCAAAUACCCAUCACCGUUACGUGUACCUCCUUUUUGCGCAGCCCCCAGCCUAUCAAUUCCCUGAAUGCUUCUCACAUGUGUUCCCGGAGACUGUUAGCGCCCGUGCCGGAUUCGAUAUCAGGAAGUUUGUGCAGGCGGCGGGGUUGGUCCCUCCUGUUGCCAUGAACUAUUUCAUUGGUAGACAUGAACCUACCGAAGGGGAGACGGCCACGAUGCCUCAGGGUGCGACAACCACUUCGUUCCGUUCCGUGGAUUGUCCCACUAGGACGGCGGUUGUCGUCAUGAGCUAG